CUGGUACGGGCGAGGGCGAUGACCGCACACAAACUGGAAAAGGGUCUAAAGAAAGGAAACAACUGGACCAAAGCUCACAAUGGCAAAAUGGUGUCCACUUGUCGAAGGGGUUUUGCUGUCCCAAUCUUGAUCUUCAUUACUAGCAGUGUCUAUUACUGGCAAGGAAAGCUUGGGGUAUAUUUUCAGCAAGGGCAGCCAUCUUAUACACAAGUUAAGGCCAAUGCUACUUUUUCAAAUGGAAGCAAAGCACAUUCCUCUGGGGACUCAAAUUCUACUUUCUCCAAGGAGGAACGCGUUGCUGCCUUUUAUCAGCAUCACUAUGAGCAAAUGAAAGCAUUGGUAAAUUUUUCAUCCGUGUUACGAUGGCAUGAUGGGGGUUCCUUUAAUACCUGGAUACAGGAAUUCAAGGUUGUGACUAUUGAAGACGAAACUACCAACCUGGAAGAAGCAAAUCUGCACAAUCAUUCCUUUGUCUUUGCCAAGGAGGCUUCCCUCUGUACAGUUGCAAAAGUAUUUGACAAAUUUCAUCAAAACAACAGCCAAGUCUCAUGGCCCCAUGUAGCCUUGAUCCGCUUCCACAAUGAUUUUGGAGCACUGUCCUCACCACUUCGUGGACACACUGCAAGUUUGAAGUUGGGACCUCACUUUUGGGAGGAAAGAGAAGGAUGCAGCAGGGAGUUUGUUCUCAAAUACAUCAAUCACCCCGAUACCCUUGCUAUUUUCACAAGUCAAUUUCAAAUCUUCAGACAUGAGAAGGUGUUCUCCCUUCCCCUGGGACUUCCGCGAUACGGGGGAAACAGGAUGUGGUCUAUCAUUGAGGCAUACCACCCAUCCAAAACAAACCGAUCUGAAGUUCUCAUGCUGAAUGCCAAGCCUUGGAGGCAGCGUACUGGGCCAAUGAAGCAAAUCCUGCAAAACUUCAAUGCCAGUAGUGCCAUCAUUCAGAACAGCAUCACAGAGAAGACUUCUUAUGAGGCUUUGACAAUGGAGAAAGCCGCUGAAAUGACUAAGCCCAAUGACAACAACACAGAGACAAUCCAGAACACCUACCAAAUCUUCCAAAGUGUAAAAGGGAGCAAGAAUUGGCACCCAGCCAUGCAUUUGUACUACAACCAGAUGAUGCGAUCUCGUUUUGUCUGGUCUCCCUCUGGAUUGGGACUGGAUUGCUAUAGACAUUGGGAGGCCAUGUAUUUGGGAACAUUUCCAGUGAUUGCUCAUUUGGGUAGAAUGGAAGUAGAUGGAUGGAUGUCUGACACAAUGCGCGACCUCCCUGUUGUUUGGGUGGAGCAGUAUGAUCAAGUUACACCAGAGUUCUUGGAGCAAGCUUUUGACAGAAUUGUCUUCGAACCACCAGCAGGGGGAUACCGUUAUGAGAAAUUGACCAAGCAGUACUGGAUUAACAAGGCAUAUUCUUUCCUGAAACCUCACAGCCCAGGCGUGGGCCAAACAACGACAACAAAUAGUCAUGGUUGAGAAGCUGGUUGGCUAGAGAGCAGUCAAGCUCUAGUUAAUGCCCGGGACAUAGCUAUGAGAGUGGCCUAAUCAUUCUGCUACACCGGUUACAGUGGCUGCGGCCGAGCUCGUGUCAUCCUUUAUAUACCGCGGGACAACGUGCAUUAGUACAGGUUGGAAUCCAUUGGUCUUCGUUUGCUUGUGCAUGCGAGUUAGCGAAUCCAGUCGAGUCGAGUCAAGUUCAAAUGUGUUGCACUGUACUAGUCAUGCCUAGCUAGCUACUGGCUGGGUAGAUAACUCAUUAGACGCGAUUAACAUACCAGUACUGAAACAACCUGGCUGUGCUGCAGAGAGUGGCAACCAAC